AUGUCUGCACCGGGCGCUCGGCCGGGCUUACAUCCUACAGAGCCUCUGUCGCGCAUGUUUGCCUGUGUUCCGUGUCAGCGGCGUAAGGUCAGGUGUGACCGCAACGUUCCUUGUGCAAAGUGUCUCAAGUCGCAGGUGCGGUGUAUACCAUCCGAUCAGCUCCCUCGUCGCCGGAAGCGUAGGUUUCCGGACAAGGAACUGCUAGAACGGCUGCUUGAGUACGAACAUCUCCUUAGGGAGAACCAUAUAUAUUUCUCUCCGCUCCACGGAGACUCGACUGACGACUAUAAUAUCUCCGCCCAAGCGUCCGAACGCACCUUGCAAAUUGAGCCACCCAGCGACAGAGAAGCAAGACGGUCGUCUUCUCCGGUCGUUGCCAAGUCGGACACGGCUCCUGAGGCAAAGUACACCACCCACUUCCCCAUUGGGAUUGCAUGGGACCAUGCCUAUGGAAACGUUGAUCCCAUUUUUGGCAUCUGCCAGGAAACCGUCGACCUAUCUUUUCAGCAACCUGAACCUGCACAGAUAUUUCGGCUGUGGCAGAUUUACCUAGACAAUGUCGACCCGUUGCUCAAAGUCACCCAUACCCAGACCUUACAAAGCCAGGUUGUUGACGCCGUCAGUGUUUGGAAGCUCUUAUGUUUGGGCAUUUACUGUGUGGCCGUUUUAUCCCUCCCUUCGGGUGAAUGCGAAGUCCUAUUUGACGCACCCAAGCAAUCUCUUCUUGCGAAAUGUCAGUCUGCCUGCCAGCAAGCCCUAGUGAACUGUGGGUUCCUGAGAUCAGAUGAUCGCAACUGCCUCAUUGCAUUCUUUUUCUGUAUGCUUGGGGGACCAACUCGUACCGCCGUAUAUGGACCCACGUUCCUAGUCAUCUAUGCUUGGUAUCGCGGUCCGUAUAGCGCAGCGCGUGGGCAUCCACAGCAAGUCACAGUGUUGUAA